GGUGCCGACAAUAUUCGCACUGGAAUUAAUGUGCGUGUUUGCAGGGUAUGGGGUCUCGGCCUACAGGCGUAGGCAGAUCGAGAAGUACUCUGCACGGUCGGCCGACUUCGAGAGGCAGCAGGCCCAGCGACGAAGGACCGACGCGAUGCUGAUGGAUGCGUAUGGCGAGAAGUCAAGUCUGGAAGACUUGCAAAAUGCGAUGGCGACAUACGAGGCUCAGCGAAGGCAACUGUGAGGAACAGCUUCUUGCAACUGAGGACAAAGCGCUCACGGGAAUUGUUCCUGGGCGAACGGACGCAUGGGCACAAUCAAACGAAAUGCACGGGCAAAAGGAGGCAACAUUACAGCGGCGUUGGUUUUAGGUACAGGCUACACAGUAUUGCCUAGGCGUUGAGACAAAUGUCCAUUGUGAGGCAGUUCAUAUGGGAACAUAGCCAUUGUCGAGUUGAUUAACAUUUACACAUUCCUAC